GUUCAACGUGAUUAUCACGAUGGUGGAUAUAGUCCUGGAACAGACAUACGGUAUGAUUCGCGAUGCGCUUCAUAACCGAUGUUUCCAUGGUUUAAAACAAACACUUAAAGUGCUCUGGCGCCGCGCCGUGUCUGAACGCAUAACGAGAGCUAGGCGCAGAACAGUUUUUAUUCAUCCUACCAUCGCUGUUUGAUUAGUAUACUUAUAUCUAAAUCAGCGGCUCAUUUAAUUAAUAUGGAUAACUCUGAGACCGUGCCGUCUGAUGCCGACCAGACGAAGAACGGCCACAAUGCCAGCAACCGGCGCGAGAGCUUCAGCUCGCAGAACUCGCAGACUGCGAAAGAAUUCAUCGAAAGUCAGAUGCAACUCGAAGCUGAUGCACGCGAAAUCUUACCUUAUUCAUUCGACUCCUGCACGAAAGAUUUAGGGCCAUUGCGACAAACUUUAUACGCUUGCUUAACCUGCAACCCUCCUCCAAAGACCGCCGAUGCGCCGCACACCGCAGCAGGAGUGUGCUACUCCUGUUCCAUCGCCUGUCAUGGCGAGCACACACUCGUCGAACUAUUCAACAAACGAAACUUUGUAUGUGAUUGUGGUACGACUCGUAUACCAUCGUCCGCUCCAUGCACGUUGCGCAACGACCCAAAGACCGGCGCGAAGGGCGUCCAUUCUGAACAAGCGCAUCCCGAGAACAAGUAUAACCAAAAUUUCCAGAACAAGUUCUGUGGCUGUAGCGAGGACUAUAAUGCGGAAGAAGAAAAGGGAACUAUGUUUCAGUGUCUUGGACUGGGAACCGUUGAAUCGGGCGGCUGUGGAGAAGACUGGUGGCAUCCAGAGUGUCUCAUCGGGCUGCCGCGGGAUUGGUAUAAGGACUUCAAGAAAAACGCGGGUGGGAAUGGUCAGAUUGAGGAUGAUGAAGAGACGCCACUUCCUCCGGGAUUUCCUGGGGAAGACGAUUUCGAGACGUUUCUCUGCUACAAGUGCAUUGACUCAAAUCCCUGGUUGAAACGAUAUGCGGGAACGGUGGGCUUCCUUCCCCCUGUGUACAAGGAAGGUGGAUUGUCCAAGACUGUCGGGCCUACACCAGAUACUAUAACUACAGAUGUCAGAGAAGAACAAACCACUAAUCCUAAGAAACGGAAAAUGGAGGAUGAGGAAGAAGGCGAGCCGACUACGAAGCGGACCAAGGAAGAUACUGAGAAUACCCCCUUGGACUCGAAGCCAGAGCCCAACCCAACACCAAAGGAAGAGCUUACUCAACCCCCUUCACUGAAGAACAAGCAUGACUCUCUCCCCGACCCUGUUCCUUCCGGUGCAUUCUCCUUAUUCUUGAAAGAAGACUUCCGCGACCACUUCUGCCGCUGUCGCGACUGUUACCCCAAUCUCUCCCCGCACAUCCAGUUGCGUGAAGAAGAAGAAACCUACGAGCCCCCGCUCUCUGAGAAUGGGGAAGCCAAUGGUGGUGGCAGCACUGGCACCGGUAGCCUCCUUGACCGCGGUGAAGCCGCAUUGAGCAACAUCGAUCGUGUGCGAGCCAUCGAAGGCGCAAUGGUAUACAAUCAUCUGCGUGACAAAGUUAAGGAGUUUCUAAAGCCAUUUGCGGAGACGGGUAAGCCUGUGGGUGCGGAGGAUAUCAAAGCUUAUUUUGAGAAACUUCGCGGCGAUGAACAACACAUUCAAGAUGCUGCUGGCCAGGCGUCUGCACUCUCAGGUAAGGACGAUGAUAAUGAUAAUGAUGAGGGGAACGGACGGAGAGAACAGAAUGGCUACUAAGCCGUUUCAUUUGAUGUAAUUACUUCUGAUCUGAAUUUCUUCCAAUUUCUUCUCAUGUUGUUUGACAUUUGGCACUGGGUUUUUGGCGGGUAGGUAACAGGGAUAUUGGGCGCGAAUGUGGGAAUGUAUCUUGAUUGUCUAGUUUACUACAUCAUAGGUAAAUCUU